CCGCCCCUCUCUCUCUCUUUCUCUCUCAUUCUCUCUACUUUCUCUUCCUACUUUUUGAUGAAGAAGAAGAAGCGCUAGCUAGCUACAGCAAAAGCUAAAGAAGACGCAAACCAAAACUCCUCCAUUAAUUCCCACUCCAAGAAAAACCUCAUCAAGAGAAGAGACGAUCAUGACCAAACCCUUCUCCUCCCCCUUUCUCGUCGUCGUCGUCGUCGUCGUCAUUAUCAUCAUCCCCACCGUCCUCUUCGCCGCACCUUCACCCGCACCGCCACCGGCGCCUCCUCCCUUCGUCCGCUCGCCGGAGACGCAGGCCGAGAUCGACGCGCUCAUGGCGUUCCGCCGCGCGCUGCGCGACCCGUUCGGCGCGCUCUCCGGCUGGGACCCGUCGUCCCCGCUCGCCCCCUGCAACUGGCGCGGCGUCGCCUGCUCCCCCUCCGGCUCCGGCUCCGGCUCGGCCGCCGUCGUCGUGGUCGUGGAGCUCCGGCUGCCGCGGCUCCGGCUCUCCGGGCCGAUCUCCCCGCGGCUCGGCGACCUCCCGAACCUGAAGAAGCUGAGCCUCCGCUCCAACUCCCUCUCCGGGCCCAUCCCGGGGUCGCUCUUCUCCCGCCUCCCCCGCCUCCGCUCCCUCUUCCUCCAGUCCAACUCCCUCUCGGGGCCCCUCCCGGACUCCCUCCUCGUCGGCAACCUCUCCGACCUCCUGACCCUCAACGCCGCCUCCAACCUCCUCUCGGGGCCCCUCCCCUCCCUCCUCGGCGCCCUGCAGCACCUCCAGUACCUCUGGCUCGACUCCAACCUCCUCGAGGGCACCCUCCCCGCCGCCCUCGCCAACUGCUCCGCCCUCCUCCUCCUCAGCGCCCGCGCCAACUCCCUCCGCGGCAUCCUCCCCGCCGCCAUCCCCGCCGUCCCCUCCCUCCAGGUCCUCUCCCUCUCCGCCAACCGCCUCUCCGGCGCCGUCCCCGCCUCCGCCUUCCGCCUCCGCAUCCUCCAGCUCGCCUACAACGCCUUCUCCGACGUCGUCGCGCCGCCGCCGUCCCCCGGCCUCGCCGUCCAGAUUCUCGAUCUCAAGGGGAACUCGCUCGGCGGGGCGUUCCCCGCCUGGCUCGCCAACGCGUCCGGGCUCACCGUGCUCGAUCUCUCCGGGAACAGCGUCUCCGGCGCCAUCCCGCCGGACCUCGGGCGCCUCGGCGCGCUCCAGGAGCUGCGGCUCGGGCGCAAUUCCCUGAGCGGGGCGGUCCCCGCGGAGAUCGCGCGGUGCGGCGCGCUCCAGGUGCUCGACCUCGAGGACAAUCGGCUCUCCGGCGCGAUCCCUGCGGCGCUCGGGGGACUGGGGAGGUUGAGGAGCGUCUACCUCGGCGGCAACCGAUUGUCCGGGGGCGUUCCUCCCAGCUUGGGCAAUCUCUCCACGUUGGACGCCCUCUCGCUCGGCAGGAACCGCCUGUCGGGGCCUUUUCCGGAGCAGCUGACGCAGUUGAGCAGCCUCUCGUUCUUGGACCUCGCCGGCAACGAGCUCUCGGGCGAGAUCCCGAGCGGCAUUGGGAAUCUUUCCGGAUUGCUGAGCCUGAACCUGAGCAAGAACGGCUUCUCCGGCGGAAUCCCCGCGUCGAUCGGGAGCCUCCUCAACCUGCGGUCGCUGGACGUGAGCGGCCAAAGAAACCUCUCGGGCGACCUCCCCGCCGAGCUCUUCGGGCUGCCCAACCUCCAGGCCAUCUCCCUCGCCGAGAAUUCCUUCUCCGGCCCCGUGCCCGAGGGAUUCAGCAGCCUCGUGGGAUUGGAGCUCCUCAACCUAACGGCGAACGGCUUCUCCGGUCCGAUCCCGGCCACCUACGGCUACAUUCCGUCGCUGAGGGCCCUCGCGCUCUCCCGCAACAGAAUCUCCGGGGAGAUACCGGCGGAGCUCGCGAAUUGCUCUAAUCUCACCCUCCUUCAGCUCCGUUCCAACAAUCUCUCCGGGCCGAUCCCCGCGGACCUCUCCCGCCUCGCCGACCUGGAGGAGUUGGAUCUCGGCCGGAACGAUCUCUCCGGUAAGAUCCCCUCGGAGAUCUCUAAUUGCUCUUCUCUCGUCGUGCUGCGGUUGGACGGCAACCGCCUGUCCGGUGAGAUUCCGGAGUCGCUCUCGCGGCUCGCCAAACUGCAGACCCUCGAUCUCUCGGCGAACAACCUCUCGGGCGCCAUCCCCGCCGACCUGGGCCGCAUCUCCGGGCUGGCUUACUUCAACGUCUCCGGGAACGACCUAAGCGGGGAGAUCCCCGGGACGCUGGGGUCCCGCUUCGCGGACCCCUCGGCGUUCGCGGAGAACCCGGAGCUCUGCGGGCGGCCGCUGGAGGCGGAGUGCGGCGGCGCCCGGCGCCGGCGGAAGAGGAAGGAGCAGCGCCUGGCGCUGCUGGUCGGCGCGGCGGCCGCGCUGUUCGUCCUGGUCGUCUGCUGCUGCUGCUGCGCGCUGAGCCUGCUGCGGUGGCGGCACCGGUUCAUGGAGGGCAGGGCGGGCGCGAAGAAGCGGCGGAGCCCCGGGCGGGGCAGCGGAUCGAGCGCGGCGAGCGGCGGGACGGAGAACGGCGCCGGGCGGGGCCCUCGGCUGGUGAUGUUCGGCAACCGGAUCACGUACGCCGAGACGCUGGAGGCGACGCGGCAGUUCGACGAGGAGAACGUGCUGAGCCGCGGGCGGCACGGGCUGGUGUUCAAGGCCUGCUAUCCGGACGGCACGGUGCUCUCCAUCCUGCGGCUGCCGUCGACGUCCGCGGACGGCGCCAUCGUGAUCGAGGAGGCCGCGUUCCGGAAGGAGGCCGAGUCGCUCGGCAAGGUGAAGCACCGCAACCUGACGGUGCUCCGGGGCUACUACGCCGGGCCCCCGCCGGACGUCCGGUUGCUGAUCUACGACUACAUGCCGAACGGCAACCUCGCGACCCUGCUCCAGGAAGCCUCGCGCCAGGACGGGCACGUGCUCAACUGGCCGAUGCGCCACCUCAUCGCGCUCGGCGUCGCGCGGGGGCUCGCCUUCCUCCACGCCUCGGGCGUGGUCCACGGCGACGUCAAGCCGCAGAACAUCCUCUUCGACGCCGACUUCGAGCCGCACCUCUCCGACUUUGGGCUCGAGCCGAUCGUGGUGACCGCCGGGGCGGCCGCGGCGGCCGCGGCCGCGUCGGCGUCGACGUCGACCCCGUCGGCGGCGCCCGUAGGGUCUCUCGGGUACGUGGCCCCGGACGCGGCGGCGGCGGGGCAGGCGACGCGGGAGGGGGACGUGUACAGCUUCGGGAUCGUGCUGCUGGAGCUGCUGACGGGGCGGAGGCCCGGGGUGUUCGCGGGGGAGGAGGAGGACAUCGUCAAGUGGGUGAAGCGGCAGCUGCAGCGCGGCCAGAUAUCGGAGCUGCUGGAGCCGGGGCUGCUGGAGUUGGAUCCGGAGUCGCCGGACUGGGAGGAGUUCCUCCUCGGCGUGAAAGUCGGCCUCCUCUGCACCGCGCCCGACCCCGCCGUGCCCGCCAUGGCCGACGUCGUCUUCAUGCUCAGGGAUGCCAGCGUCAGGCCCGACUCCCCUCCCGCCGACCCCACCUCCCAGCCUCCCCGCCUGAAUCCAACUUCACUUCCUUCCCCCCCAGCCAACUUCCCAAACUCACAUGAAUUCAUUCCGCCCGCCCGCCCGCCCGCCGUCACUCCCGGCGCUUUCUGGUCGCUGGAAGAGUGGGCGUGGGCCCGUGUGUGUCAUGGAAGUGAGGCCAGGCGCGGGAGGAGGGAGGGGGGGGCGAGGUGCGGGUCAAAUGGAGGUCUCCCGGCCACACCGAGCCUCUCCCGCCAAAAAGAUAGGGCGUGCGCACACGUGGGCGGUAUAAUGGGGCGAGGCUGGGCCCGGAACAAGUAG